AUGAAAGAUUAAAAUUCAAGUUUCUAAAGCAAGCCAACUAUGGUUAUCACAAAUAUUUACUAAGAUAGCAAUAGAUUUCAUUUACCAAAUUUAAACUAAACAAAAUCUUAAUCUCCAAAUAAUAUCUAUUUUAAUGAAUAUUUUGCAUAAGUAAAAGGAAUUAAAGCAAUACCUAAAAAACCCAAGCAGAUGCAAGAUAAAAAAUUAAAAUAUAGGAUUCAAGAUAUAGAAUUAAAAAUAAAACAGCAAUAAAUGCUUUCUAGUAGAUUCUUUUAACAGGAAAAUGAUUUAUAGAGGAUUGUCAAAAAUUAAUAAUUUGAACCUUGUUAUGUUUCUAAAAAAAUCUAAGCUUCAAAAAUUAUUAUCACAAAAUUAAAAAAUGAUUUGCAUUAUUCUUAAUCAAUACCACCUAUUAAAUCUACAUAAAAUCAAAAGGAAGAGAAGGAAAUAAGAAAACCUAUAUUUUUUUUUUAAGUAUCAAUUAAAAAGAAUUCAGAUCAAAGAUAAAAAAUCAACAAAGAUGAGGGUUGUAGCUAUUGGAAAUAUAGUUAUUAGGAUGAAUAUGAAGAUGAAGAAUCUAUAAUAUAGUAUGUAAGUGGAUAUUGA